AUGCAAUUGAGUUCAAGGAUUGUGCCAUUUAAGAGUCUCACAGUAACAGUUCCAAGUCUUGCGGUUGAGGUGCACUUUGAGUCGCCUGACAGUGGAUUUUUUCUGAAGCAUUCACCUCGUCAAAGCGUCUCUGAUGUAACAUCAAGUCAGUCAUCAUCAAGGAAUGGCGUGAAAGCAUCACAAGACACAGUGUUGUCGAUAGAUAAAUUUACUGUCGUUCAGACAACGCAACCUGUGUCGAUUCGCGCCAGUUAUGGCCCAUUUUCAACAAAGCAAACUGUACCUGCGAGAUACAUUGUGCCAGAUAUCUCAGAGACAACAACUGACAGUUCACAUCCAGCUGUCACGACAUCACAAAAUGCCACUCAGGCACUGUUGGAUCUUCAACAACAAUCAAAUCUUCAUUUAGAUAUCUCUGCACAUCUUGUGCGUUCAACUAUACCGCGCGACUCUCCAGUGUUGCGAGUUUUAUUUCAUGCUGGCGCUGAUCCCGGUGGACAUUUGAAACAAAAGAUUUGCGUACUUCUCCAUGUAUCGAUGACUAACAAGACACCUUUGAAAGGUCGUUGCAUACCAGAAGGUGAAGAUGGAGUUUGUGUGGCUGAAGUUGUCAUUCCAUCAAGUUGGUGGCCACCUAUGCCACCUCCAGAAAGAGACGGUCAGCCAUCAAUCCCUCAGAAAACCCCACAAAAAUAUGCACAAAUCUCGUACAGCGUUUUUGAGCCACCAGCUAAGAAUCCCGAACUGUGUGAGCCAAAGGUUCAAAUUCAACCUUUAACGUCAUUCGCAAAGGUCCCUUUGGUGCAAGCUAUGACUACAUAUCGUGAGCUUCGUGCAGAUGACUUACUGACGAUGUUAAUUCCCCAACAACCAUUGUAUCCACUUUCGAAAAUUCACGUUCCUGUCUUUCUUCAACCACAGCCAGGACAGAAUGUUGCAGUGUUCAUUGUAAGAGCUCGAGUGAAAGGUGGAAUGAGAAUUUUGGGUGCAUCAGCAUCGUCUGACGAUUGGAAUGUUUCAGUUGAAAAAGAAAAUCCCAAGCAUACUGUAGCGCGUGUUACGGCAUUCCGUAAAGAUCAAGAUCCCGACAGUACUUCGAGGAAGCAAGAAGAUCUCAGUGGAAACAAAAUUGUUGAAGUAUUUUCAUGGCUUUUGGAAGUUGCAAAUGAUACUAAGGAACAUUGGGAUGGUGCAAGAAUUGUUUGGACAGUGAGUUAUGUUCAUGACGGACCGAAAACUAAAGAUGUCUCAACUGAAGUGAUUCAACCGCAUGAAGAACAUCGUAAGAAGCUCGUAGCAAAGUUGGAGAUACAAAAAGAUGAUAUUCAAUCUGUUCUACCAAUAUCAAAGAAUUGGGAACUAAUGAAUACAGCCGUACUCACUGGUCGUCAAGUAUCACAAGUUAUGAAAGUAUUCAUUGUCACUCAAGCAGGAAAAGUUGCCGACGUGACACUUCAGAGUUCUUGUCAUGCUGAAGAUGAAAGUGUUAUAAAGGUUUCCUCGUCUUGUAGCUCAGUGUAUGUUGAUGGAUCUGAACUUCGUGGCUCGUCAAACGCAAGCGUGUUUGUUAAAUAUGGAACUUACCAAGGUCUAGCACGCUUUACAGUGUGGAUGCCAGAAUUUCCACUUGAAGUGUCUGUUGCUGAUUUUCGACUCUCACAAAUAAAAGGUUGGAAGAUUCCUGAAGAGCACAACAGUGUAAACAACAAAAUGAACAGAAGAAAGCGCGCUUAUAAUUGGAAUCAUCACACCGACGAUUUUGGAAACGGUGUCAGUAACGACAGGUCAACAUGUCGUGCAAGAUAUCAGCAGAGUUCCGUCGAUGUUUUCGCUAAAUUUGUUGCCAUUGACCAGGAUUCUGGACGUGUCAGUUACUUGAUUUCACGUCGUACCGGUCUUCGAGUAACAGAUUUGGUUCAACCACUUUUAAGAGUUGCUGAUCCUAAAAUCGCAACCCUUCGUGGACGCACUUUGCAAGGUCGUGUCAUGGGUCGAACUGAUGUACAAGUUUUAUCGCCAAUUAAUGGACGCGUUAUCGGUACAAAGGAAAUUCGUGUUGGAAGCGAUAAAGUCAGCAUCACAAGGUUAAUCGUACGAGUCAUUUCCGGUCUUCAACUUUCUAUUACUCCUGAUAGUUACGUUGAAAAUGGAUAUGUUGCUGAAACGUCUGUAACAAGACGCUUGACAGCACAAUAUCAAGAAGGACUUUUAGAUAUCGAUCUUGAAUUUUCUGACGGUGCGAGAACGCCAUUAAGGGACAUCGCAGUCGAUGAUUACUUCUUGCUUGUUGAAAGCUUGGACACUGAUGUCGUCGCUUUCGCACCCAUGUUGGCUUCACAUCAUCCGAGAGUUAUUGCUGUUGGUGAAGGCAAUGGAGACUUGCUUCGUGUGACUUUAUUGCUUUCCGAAGAAUGUCGAUUACGUCGAAAUGUUCAAAUGGGAAAACAAGGAGUGAAAGCAACAACGGGACCUUUGGCAAGUGCAUUGGCAGCAGUUCAAGUCGAUUUCAGUAAUUCUGAAUCAUCCAAUCGACCUGAUACUGUUCAAAAUGAUGGAAUAAGUGGACGUGAAAGAAAAAGUGGCAGAGAUCGUGAUGUUAAUGAUUUGUCUGAUAUUUUAAUCGGAAUUCCAUUGAAAGACGAUCAUCAUGGCCAUGAACAACCAGCAGUACAAGCACGUAAACAUGGGCACAAUGGCUUAUUGCCAAUUUCUUUAGGCAGUGGCAAAAGUCCAGUUCACACAGAUAUGACGAAUCUUGAAAUCGGAAUGUACGUGCUGUUGACCGCAUUCUGUCUUGCGAUAGGAAUCUUCGUAAUCUCUUGCGUAGUGUACGCGUCAAAAUUUCGACCAGUCACAAUUGAUAUGGUAAGUGAAGAGAUGGGAAUACGAAAAGAACCUUCGACUGGAGGUUUGGGAAUUUUAAGAGAUUCAAGACGACCUCGAGAGUCAACAACAAACGCACAUGACUGGGUAUGGUUAGGACGAGCUACGAUGGAUCGCUCAAUGACACAACAAGACGUUGAUGCUCGUGACUCUCGCAUGAGAAUAACAAGCAAUCCCAUGCCAUUAAAUUACGUUGAUCCAAAUGAUUCGGUCAUGCCCAUAAACAGUUUUGACAAUCCAAAUGCAAUUGAACUGCCGAAAAAGUCGACUGGAGCUAUAAAUACUGCAACGUACACGAAACGCGAUAGGAGAAGUUACCACAGUGAUGAUUCUGUUCCCCCGCCUCUUCCACCCCAUGGAAUUACGGCAAAUGGUGAAUAUCGACCUCCAAUUCCACCUCAUAGAAAUAUUGGCGUCACUGCCAAUGCUAAUAAUCAACAACAGCAACAGAUUCAAGGUGGUGGUCAAAGGCAAAUACCCGAAAUUCCUCGUCGUCAUCGUCAACAUAUGAGAAGUGGAAGUAAUGUGCAAAAUCGACGUUCAAAUGGAAGUAACAUUUUACCUCAGGAUAUUCAGGUUCAUUAUGCAGCGGACGAUCGCACGUCAAUUCACUCAAAUCCUGGUCACAGCUUGAAUUUCACUCAAAAACAAAUAAAUGCAGCUCUUUUCAAUUCGAAUUCUCCUUCAUAUACUGUUCAACCAAUUCCAAGUACGAGUAAACAUUAUCAAAAUCAGGAUUUGCAUAUGGCUGAAAUACUUGUAGAGUCAGCUGUUGGACAACAACGUAGCGCUUUUCAGUUUGAUACAAUCACACCAAAGAAAAAUCUAACAAAAUCCACACCAAAUAGUAACACAACAGACUACGAUGAUGCGCCGUUGUCGUCAGUGAUGCUUGACUCAGGCAUUGAAGUAUCAGCAGCUGAAGAAAAUGCGACCAAAGAAACUACUAAUGAAGAACUAACAAAGAAAUCAGAGGCAGAUGAGCCUGCAAAAUCAUCAGAAAAUGAAUCGUCAAGUUCUGACGAUAAUGGUGGGUUUGUGACACCAGAAGGUAGCGAAAAACCCAAUCAUCGUGUUAAGCGCGCUACUGUAGUGGGAAAUCCAAUGUUUUCAAGUCAAGACAGUGAAUUGACAGCACCUGGUGAAAGUCUCGGCAUCGACGAUCUCGAGAUGGAUUAUGAUCAAAUAAUGAAUUAUUUUGAUAAUCUUAAGGAGUCAAAUGCUUGAGUGCAAGAGAUCAUUGCCAAUAUCCGAUCAAUUCUAAUUUCCUUCCAACAACAAUACCGAAGCUUAGCUUUGGCAUCAGCAAACUCAACACCCAUGAUAACGCCGGUCCACAAGCCAUUGAAAGCCGGCAAUGAUGCGAGCAAGCAAAAUGUCGAUGUCAGUCAGUGAAUCUUACGCUUAAUGAACUUAAAACACUUUUAAAACAUAAGAUGAUGAACUUAGAAAAACUCUUCAUUCGUAGUCACAUUAACUAAUUGUUGUGUAACUUAUUUUGAUAAACCAAUGCGAAGUCGUAGUCAGUUUCUCCUUAAAUCUUAUCUGAUUAAGAGAAAAAGUUGUUUUAUGUCUGAUCGUUAAACAAAACUGUAAGUAUUACUUAACAUCCGUAUACAUCAAAUACACGCACGCAUGAUUAACCAUUAGUUAAUGUUCUAUCAAUAAAUAAUCAUCCACUCUUUUCAUUCAUCAUUUUCUGAACAAAAUCAAGAAAGAAAUCAUAAGAAAUUCACUGAAAAAAAAGCAUUAAAAAAUUGUGUUUUCUCAAUCAACAAAAGCAUAAAGAAAAUAAAAGCUAAAGCAACAAGAUGACAUUUUAUUAAACAGGAAAUUAACUGAAUACUCGGAUAUUUGCAGUGAUCUGUAAAGAAAAUAAUAAUAACAUACAUAACUAUUCAAAAGUUAAAAUUAAAAGCUUCCUUAGUUUGUUUUUCAUUCUAAAAUUUUUUUAAUCAAAGAGCUGAAUUUUCUGAAAAGUUUAAAAAUUUCUUUUUUUUACUUCGAGAAAAAUUCUGCAUUAAAUAUCAAAAUUUACUUUUUUUCGCAAGGAAAAAGUUAGAUAUUUA